UUCUACGGUAGCAUGACGUACGUCUCGCGAGUGCACAUUUUCCACUUUCUACAUCCAGCAUGGCCGCGCUGUAUGAGGGAUUCACGUUGUGCGGACUUGUAUCGGGGCAGAACUUUCCCGAAACGUGCGUUCAAGGAGUUGAAUGUGGCAACGAUACAGACCAUGUAGUAGUUACAGACUCCGGGAGAUCCGUAACCGUUUACAAGGUGUCAGAUCAGAAGCCUCUGGGUAGCUGGACAGUCAAGCAGGGACAAACAUUGACGUGUCCCGCGGUGUGUAACACUCAGACCGGCGAAUAUGUGGUGGUCACUGAUAACAAGGUUAUUCGCGUUUGGAAAGAUGAGGACAUCAAUUUUGACAAAGUUUUCAAAGCCACUGUUUGUGCUGAGAUAGCGAGGGUUCACGCGGCCCCUGACAGGGACCCGGUGGUUCUGUUCAGCCGUGGAGCCGUGAGGCUGCUGGACUCGCUCCUCACCGCUCCUCAGCAGCCCAUCGAGGAAGUCCUGUCAGAGGAGGAGGUCAUCAGGUGGAGCGGCAGCGUCGUGGAGGGGAAACAGCUGGCUGUCAUUUUCUCCACAGAACAGAGCGGGAAUCAUUUCCUGUAUCUUCAAAGAUUCAACCCCAACUCCAUACAGAAGUACAAGCUUGAGACAGAGGGGACUGCCCAUCAUCCAAUAAGCUUCUCGGCAACAGUGAAGGAAAACAACAUAGAUCUUCUGUAUUUAUACUCUGAUGGCAGUGUGUACCGGAGCCUGGUUCAGAGGCGAGAGCCCCAGGGAGAGGCCCUGCAGACCCUGCCCCGGAGCCCACUCCUGAGCCUUCCUGUGGGGGAGGGGCAGCUGGCCUCUGCUGCCCUGCUCUCCCUGGACGAGGCCCACCUGGCUGUGGUGGGGGUCCCACACCCCUCUGCUGGGGCUGGGAAAGACUACCUGUGCAUAUGGAACACCAACUUCCAGACCCUGCAGGCAGGCAAGGAGAUGACAGGGGGAAUAUUUGGACAGCUCUGGGGCUACGCAGGGAAGCUGUAUGUUCCCCACGGGAAGUCCCUGACCGUCAUUCCCUACGAGGUCCAGAGGUCGUCUCUUGCCACCGCCCUUGGGAAGCUCAAACAGGCCGGGACAGAGGGAACGGCCCCUGUGCUGUCAUGGAGUUCACUGCUCCAUGGAGAUGCGGCCCAGCCACAGAGGGCCGCUCGAGGGGUCGAGACACGGAAGAGUAAACUAAGUCGUAAGAGUCAAGCAGCCUCUACCCUCACAGUGGACGAAGUGCUUGAGCGAAUAACGACCGCUCCGGAGGACGAGGUUCAGAGGGAGGUCGAGGCGUACCUGAGCUCCGCCCCCACUCCAGACCUCCAGCUCACCGUGGGCCGCGUGGCGCACCAGCUGGUGGCCCGCAGCCAAUCAGAACCCAGCUUCUACACCCACAAUGCCCUGGUGCAGCUGGUGAACACACGCUGUCUCUGUCACAGUGUGUGUCCUGACCUCCUGCUGGUUGCUCUAGAGAAGAAGGACUACUUCCUCACACAGCUCUGUCUGCAGCACUUCCCAGACAUCCCGGAGGCCGUGACCUGCGCCUGCCUCAAGGCCUUCGUCAGUGCUCCAGAUGGGGCCCUGGAGGCGCUCAGCGUGGAGCUGGACAGCGUGUCUUUCAUGGAGAGCCUGCUUUCGGGUGGCGGCAGGGAAGAGGGCCUGCAGAACGGCUUCAGCCCCGCCCCGGUGGAGGAGGACAGCUGUGACGGUCAGACGGGCCCCUCCAGGCCCGAGCGGGCCCCGCCCGGGCUGGCGUGCGCGCCCAGCUGCCCUGUGGGGCUGAAGAAGGCUGCCCUGCUGAAUGAAAUCCUGCAGACGGCGUACAGCGAGAACUUCCUGCUCCCGCACCUGAAGGACCUCUCAGCCCCGCAGGUCAUUCUGUUUCUCCAGUACCUCCAUUUCCUGUAUUUGAGGUUCUCGCAAGAUGUCAGUUCACAAACGACUGGUUUGAGAUCACCUACAAUUACGCAGAUCGUGGACUGGGUUGGCCUGUUGCUUGACGCUCAUUUCACAGUGUUGGUAAUGGUUCCUGAAGCCAAGGAGCUGCUGUCCCAACUCCACAAGUUUGUAAAAUCACAGGUUAAAUUGUUCUCUGAACUGGGGAAAAUCCAAGGGAGCCUUCAGGAGCUUCACAAACUCAGGCCGUCUGAAGACAUCGGCCAGUACUCCAUCGAAGUGAUAGAGCUGUUUUAAAAGAAGAAAUGUACAGAUUCCUUUUUAAUAAACCAUGCUGCUCUUUACCUAUUCAUUUUCAUUGACUUGACUAUGCUUGUGUACUCGUUGCACCAGGUACACCAUGUAGAUCCCCGACACUCAUGACAUCUAAUGUCCUUACCCAUAAUUCAGUGUGGGUCAGAGGGGCAGCGGUGGGUCCCAGAAUUAGUCUGCAGUCCACGAGGCUAUAGUAUGUGAUGGGUCCCUGAAAGGUACUAAAUUUCUAAUUUAGGUCCUGAUUUUCAAAGUCAAAGAGAACCAGUGUCAUAAUUUAAAGCCAAUGUUGUCAGCCAGUGAUUUGCAUUUCUGAUGUAUAUUCCAUUGAAAGUAUUCCAUAAGUGUUCAAAGUUGAAUUGUUGGUUGUAUAUAAGCAGAAGUCAGAGCGAUGCGUUUUCCACCUAGAAUUUUUUUUUUUCCUUCUGUGCCUUUGCAUUUUCUGAAACCACGUUGCGUAAUAUUUUACCUUCUUGCAUCAUAAAUGUCAUCAACGUCUGUGUUAGAGCUGAACUAUUGGAGGGUAAACUAUAUAGUUUUAUCUUUUUUAUCGACUGGAAGUGAAUCUGCAAGAACUGUCCCCUGAUGCCAUUAGUGAAUGGACAUGCUCUGCUUUUGUGUCAUUUAAAAUAAACAAGUUGUCUGGCUUUUAAGGUUG